AUGGCUGCCUCAGAUCCCUCAGGGCAAGGUAUGGGAAUUGAUACUAUCGCGGAGGGCAAACAGAAUGCGAAAGCCGUCCUUGCAGCGUCGGGCGUUUCCCUUGCAUCCAACGAAUCAGGCCACGAUGCGUCCAAUGGCGACUCCUCGUUUAAUUCCCAGCCAAACACUGCCAAUGGUCGAAAACGAUCGCGAGACGGUUCCGUCAUACAGCCCCCACUAUCCACAGAAAGCUUGCCUGUGCGCGUUCGCGAGACUCCGGCGGAUAAAAUCCUUCUUGAGGACUACGUCAACCGCGAAUUCCACCAUUCCGCAUUGACCGCUUGGCAGAAUCCCAGUCAUGAACUUCUACAGCAGAAGCGCGCUGAGCGGGAUUAUUUCUUGGCAGUCCGGCGCGAAACCCAUUUAAAUCCCGCAGCGUUGUAUGGCGUAGGCUAUGAAGGUUUUGGAAAUGCCCGUACAGAUUUGCGCAAUCAACAUCCCCAAUUGCUGUACCCAGCAAACCGUCGUCGUCCCGGAAAUAGACGGACAAGAGAGCUCCGGGUCUCUCGGAAAGAUUUGAAGGCACAGAACGAGCAAGUGGAGGACCUGGUGCCAAUUCGUCUGGAUAUUGAUUGGGAGAAGAUCAAGAUUCGAGACACUUUCACGUGGAAUCUUCAUGAUCGUGUAGUCUCGCCGGAGCUUUUCGCCGAGAAACUCGUGGAAGACCUAGGUCUUCCUCUCGAAACCUCCGGUCCGCUGGUGCGCAUGGUCACGCAGAGUAUUCAGGAGCAGCUCUGCGAUUAUUACCCGCAUAUUUUCAUGGAAGAAGAUCCUCUUGACCCCCACUUGCCGUAUAGUGCCUACAAGAACGAUGAGAUGCGCAUCCUCGUGAAACUCAAUAUCACAAUCGGCCAGCACACGUUAAUCGAUCAGUUCGAAUGGGACAUCAACGAUCCCUCCAACUCUCCGGAAGUCUUUGCUGCACGCAUGACGGACGACCUCUCUCUUUCCGGCGAAUUCACUACUGCGAUUGCGCAUUCGAUUCGCGAACAAUCACAGCUCUUUGUCAAAUCACUUUACAUCCUCUCUCACCCGUUUGAUGGCCGUCCUAUUGACGACCCGGACCUCAAAACGGCCUUCCUUCCAUCCCCUCUUCCUUCUUCAUUCAGACCAUUCCAGGCCGCAAAGGAGUUUACACCAUAUCUGUACGAGCUGAAUGAGGCUGAGCUGGAACGAACGGAGGUUUCGAUCUCGCGAGACCAGCGCCGACAGAAACGGUCCGUCAACCGUCGUGGUGGACCGGCCUUACCAGAUCUGAAGGAUCGCCAACGAACUAUUCGCACCAUGAUUGUUUCGACCGUCAUUCCAAACUGCGCGGCCUCCAUGGAUGAAAGUAAUGUGUUCAAACGAUCCGGCUCGAGUCGGACUCGGCGUGCUGCUGUUGGCAUGCGCGACGGAGCGGAGGAGUCCGAAGAGUCCGACAGUGACGAGUCCUCAAUCGCAGCAUCACCAGCGAUCGGACCUCACUUAGCGCAGGGUACAGCGCGCACACGAGGCAUGAGAGGAGCCGCCACUGCAGCACAUGCCGCGCUCCGGGCGAGCCUGGGUCAAUCCGCCACACCUGAGCCUCACAACGAGGCUAGAGCCGCAUCACGCAGGCGUGAAUAUCGGGAAGAGAGUGUGGACGAACCGGAGAAGUUGAUUGUGAAGCUGAGAAUCUCAAAAGAGAAAUUUAAGCAGUACCUUGUGCACGGCAUCCAAUCGAAUGCAGGCCUCACGCCCACGGCACAACCGCCAUCCCAGCAAGGUACUCCUCAAGUCCAGACUCCUACCCCGAAUCCUAUGGCUCCUCCUGUGCCUUCUCAACCUGAAGUUCGGAUGCCCAGCGCUCCACCGCCGGCGACACGGCCAGUUCCUUCUCCGCAGGGUCGAGCAGGAGACACUCCCCAUACCCCCCAGCAGGGAGCCACCGGGCCUCCGGCUCCCCAAUGGCUUGUAACGGAACUGGUGCAGUUGAACCGCUUGCACGCCAAUGACUCCUUCGAGGCUACGAUGCGUUACACGGCGGUUGACACGGAAACCGGGCAGCCAGUCAGCAACGCCAGCGCCCAAGUCGGUGUAGGUCAGCGGGUGAAGUACCAAUACCUCCCCCGCAUCCGGUGCCACGACUGUCCCGGAAAGCUCUACAACCCCGGUCCCGGGAUGACGGUCGACAACUUCAAAGUCCAUCUCUCGAACGGCACGCACAUCAAGAACGUGAACGAACGAGUGGCGCGGACGGCGGCGGAAGCAGCUGGGACGGCCGGUGGAGACACGUCUCUGUGA